AUGCCUGAGACGUCUCGCGGGGGUUCGCUCGGUAACCUCAACCUUGCGAAUACUCUCGACGCAGAAAAGAGUACGAGCAGCCAUAGUAACCGUGCAAACAUGGUCAAAUCCGUGGCUUCAUUGGAUGCAGUCCCGUCCCUAUCAAGUGACGCUGCGUCUGCGUCUGCAUCAUCAUCCGGCAUGUCCCUGGACACCGGACUGGCCUCCGAACUCGCACACCAUGAAAUCCUCCAGGACGACGGAAAUGGGACUCUCGUCGUGCCUUUGCGCUCCCCACACCGCCGUCAGCAUACCUACAUAUGCCUCUUCCACGUUCUCGACUGCCGUGAGACUUUCGACGACGCCGAUCUGUGGAGGACUCAUGUUCUCAGCCACUUCCGGACUCACGAGCCACCUACAACGGCCCGGUGCCCAUUAUGUCCAGGCGAAAGGUUCAACGACGCUCCUGACCGCAGGGCCUGGGACCUCAUGCUCGACCAUGUCGAUGUAGCUCAUUAUCAGCAGGGUCAAACGUUGGCGGGCAGUCGGCCGGACUUCGAGCUAAUGCAAUACUUGUACCGCUUACGAAUCAUAAGUGUUGAUCAAUUCAAGGUGACGCAACUUCCGCCGCCGCCGACGAGUCCCGCGUACCAUCGGUCUCAGGAGACGGUCAGGGCGAAUAUCGGCUCUUCGGAUGAGCCAUACUGCGCUCCAUACAGUCGAAGGAGGGAACAAAGAAUGCGUGGUCAACAUCGAGGUGUCAGUGUUUCAUAG